UUUGGCAACUCUAUUGCUGUUAGCAUGCUGCAUUAUUUUGAUUAGUUUUUAAUUAUUUAUUGAAAUAUUCUAAUUUUACCAAAAUGAAGGCUAUUGUACAACGUGUAACCUCUGCCAAAGUCACAGUUAGCGAAGAGUUGGUGAGUUCGAUUGGUCGUGGAUUAUGCGUUCUGGUUGGCAUAACUCAUUCAGAUACCGAAAAGGAUGCCGAAUACCUAUCAAGAAAAUUAUUAUCCCUACGUUUGUUCGAGGACUCGGCUGGGAAACGUUGGCAGAAAAGUGUACAAGAUGAGAAACUGGAAAUAAUGUGCGUUUCACAAUUUACCCUGUAUCAUCGGUUAAAGGGUAACAAACCAGAUUUUCAUUUGGCUAUGCAAGGAGAGCAAGCUCAACAAUUGUAUCAAACAUUUUUGAAACGUCUGGGUCAAACUUAUGAUGCAGAGAAAAUAAAAGAUGGAAAAUUUGGAGCUUACAUGCAAGUUCAUAUACAAAAUGAUGGUCCUGUCACCAUUGAAUUGGAGUCGCCAACUCAAGAGGUAAAGUCAAAACCUAGCAAAGAUAUUCCUGAGGCGAAACUCGAAGACUAAUGGCUGUUGAAAUUUAAAAGUAUGGCAAAUAUAUAUUUAUUUCAUAUAAUUGCAAUAAAAAUUUAUAAGAACACUACCAUGGAAAUGGAACUUGCAACCAUUUCGGUUGUUAGGGAAAUGGAUAUCGUAACGAAA